AUAAAAAUCAGUUGAAUGCCGGCUUUGUCACUAUAAACAUGUCGAAAGUAAACGCUCCAAUGAAAGUUCUGUAUUUAGUUUUUUUAUGCUUUGCGCUUUGUGAUUUCACUACAGCAACGCAGAUAAAAUGCGCAGAGUAUAAUGAAUAUUGUCAAGAACAUUGGGAGUGCUGUUCCAAUACGUGCUUAACCUACUCCUAUCGCUGUAUUGGGAAAAAGCGUCCCACUCCUGCAGUCGAACGUCCCACCUUGACUUUUGAAGAGCUCUUAGAAAGCAUUGCUCAGUCUAAUAUAAUUCCCAAAUAUGAGUAUAAUCAACCACAAACCAAUAAUCGGGGAAAAUCUGGAACAACUUUGAAAAGUUUACUGAAUAACAACCGUGAGUGGGAGGGAGUGCAAGCAGAAGAGCCAGUUCUUCAAGACCGCUUUGCAGCUGUCGAAGCGAGGAGUGGUGCGAAUGGACCAGAGUAUAUCUUUUUUGUUUUACUACCGCAAGAAGCGGCGCGGAAAGCAAAGCAAUUGGAACAACAAACACAAUCACCAAUCGGCGACAAUCCGACCAUUGUAAAAGUAGUAGAUGCCCAAGAAGCUGUAACUGAAAGUGAUGCUGUAGAAACUUCAACGGAGCCCUGCAAACCAAAUGGCGCAAAGUGCUAUCGAAACGAAGAAUGUUGUACCCAACGCUGUCAUGGCUUUUUGCAUCAAUGCGUUACAUAGAAAGUCAAUCGGAGUGCAGUUAAAUGCUGCGGGUAAUUUGUUUACUUUACAAAAAAAAAAUAAACAAAUAAUAAUACCAUAAUAUGUAAAAUCGAAUUAAAACUGAUGUACAUAUA